AUGGUGACUAAAUACAGGUUUCCAAGUGAGAGGGAGCGGCAACACAAUAAGCAAAGGGAGAGGAAAAGGCGAGAGAUAACAAAGAAAAUAUUUGCAGGGUUGAAGGAGCAUGGUAACUACAAGCUUCCGAAGCAUGCUAAUAGCAAUGACUUGCUCAAGGCUCUGUGCGAGGAGUGUGGGUGGCAUGUUAAGGAAGACGGAACAAUUUACCGAAAAGCUAACCAUUUCUUCCAGCAGCAGAAAUUUACGUCAGGAUCUCCGAGCUUGAUCAGCAUUGAGACGUCGGACCAUGAAGAGUAUUGUAAUUGCUACAAUGGUAUGGCUUCAUCGGUCAAAGAGUAUGAAGAAGAGCAUGGUAUUAAUCUGACUCUCUCACUUUCAACCCCAUCAACUCGUCUUGUUUGA